UUCAUCCUAAUGGAAUGCCAUGCCGAUAGUCUAAUAUAGGCAAAAAAAAAAAAAAAAAUGGGUGAAGUAGAGCAAAAUGCCCAAAUUUGGAAUUUCUGAAUGAAGGACAGAUUGUUUGUGGUGGCCCGGUGGGGACUAAAACGGCCUUUUGAAUAGCAACAGCAAACCCCCUGCACUAACUAACUAACUAACUAAAACUGGAAUCAGUCAAGAUCCCAUCUUCCCAGCAAACAUAACAUUUUGUGAAAAAUAAAAAUAAUCUCUGGAACUAGGAGAAAAGGAGGAGAAAUUAGAAGGGGGAAAAAAAAUUUAGGGAAGAGCUUGGAGAAAGAAAAGAGAAGAAAAAGAGGGAAAAUAUUGGGGGAGGAGGAAGCUAAGCCAGCAAUAGCAAAUAGGCAAACGAGGAAGAGUCACACGGAGAGAAGAAGAGGAUAAUCCUCGCGAUUGAGAGAUGGUAAGUUAUUAAAGUCACUCACAAAUGCCGCAAAGCGUUGAAUGCCAAAAACCCAAACACAGAGCGAGCUCCAUUCCAAAGUGCGCUUUCUCCGACUCUGUUACACGUGGUGCUCUGCAUCUCUCAUCUUUCUCCUCUGUUUUUUCCUUCUUUUCGGUUUCCGUUCUUCUCACUAUCCAAACAAACAAACCCUUCUCUUCUCUUUUGCUCUUCACACCGCCGCCGACAACAACAGCCACCGUCUCUGUGAGUUCUUCCUCCCCCCGCACCACCGCCAUUAAUUCCGCUCAUCCUCUCUCUCAUUUUCCGUUUCUAACUCGGACUUCCAUUUCCAUUCCAUGCACGGACUCAACCCUCUCUGCCCUUUUUUUAUUCACCUACCUGAAUUUGUUUUUUUUUUUCUUCCGCUUCUUUUUUCAGGGAUUGAGUUGGGCGUGGAGUAGUAGCGAUGGCGACCGCGAAAGAGAAGGAGAAACAGCUGCUGGAGCUCUUACAUGCAGCAAAGAAAGCAGCCGACGCCGCCGCCGCCGACGCCGCCGGUGGUGCUGACGAAUCCAGGUGCGUCGACGCUUUGUCUCGCCUCAAGGACUUCCCCGUCACCGUUCAAGCCCUCGUCUCCACCCAGGUAGGGAAGCAGCUUCGACCUCUUACGAAACACGCCAGCAAGAACAUCCAGCAACUCGCCUCCGACAUCUUCCAAACAUGGAAAGCCAUGUUCCUCGAGCAAACCAACACCUCCAAUGCCGCUGCUGCAGAUCACAAGAAAGUCACCAAGCCUUCUGACUCGGACAAGCUUCACAUUGCGACCCCGCCUAUGAAGCCACACACGCCAGACAGAAAGACUCCCAGUAACAAUCCCGCUGCUUCGACAAAGCCAACCCCCUCACCUAAACCCAAAACCACCACUGCUGCUGCUGCUUCAACGAAGCCAAACCACUUCCCUAAACCCAAGACCGCUACUCCCACUUCCUCUCCCGCCAUCCAUCUCCCCGUUCCCAAAUGCAACGAUCCCACGAGGAACAAGAUCAGGGAGCAACUCUGUGAGGCUCUAUGCAGAGUUUCCGGUGAAGUAUCCCCUGAGCUCUCCAGCCGGGUGAAUGCCUGUGACCCGGUCUCUGUCGCUGUAUCACUGGAGUCGGUUAUGUUUGCCUCGUGGGGGGGUUCCACCGGAGACCAGAGGGCGAAGUACAGGUCGCUCAUGUUCAACAUCAAGGACGCAAAGAACCCCGAUUUCAGGAGGAAGGUGCUGCUGGGACAGUGGACGCCAGAGCAAGUGGUGAGCUUGAGUUCCGCGGAGAUGGCAAGCGACGCCAGGCAGAAGGAGAACGAGAAGAUCGAGGCGAAGGCUUUGUUCGAUUGCGAGCUAGGGAGCGCACCUAUGGCCACGACGGAUCAGUUCAAGUGCGGCAAGUGCGGGCAGAGGAAGUGUAAGUACCACCAGAUGCAGACCAGGAGUGCUGAUGAGCCCAUGACUACUUACGUCACCUGUGUCAACUGCGACAACCGUUGGAAGUUCUGUUAAAUUAGCUUGUAGCUGGUUAGUGUCAAUCUUUCUUCAGUUGAAUUAUUGACUUGGGGAGUAGGUUAGGGUAAGGAGUUUGAUUUGUUGCUUGGUAGGCUUAGCUGAACUUUCUGUUGACUAUCUUGAUUUUUAUCCCCCUUUGGGGAAAAUGUUUGUUUUCAUUUGUAUGUUUUAUCUCUAAUGUAUGUCCCAAGAUUCUUGAAUCAGAAUUUUGCUGCUGUUUUUUUCCUCGUCACAUUAACAUUACAUAUCAGAAGACAAAUAAAGUUGCAACAACUUG